GCGCGGCGCUUCAGAGCCGGCGCGGCCUGCAGCGGGAGCCGAGCCGGGAGCCCGCGGCGGGAGGCGAGGGGACGCGGCGCGGCGGGAAGGGACCGCGGCUGCACCGCCAUGGAGAUCGGCACCGAGAUCAGCCGCAAGAUCCGGGGUGCUAUAAAAGGAAAGUUGCAGGAGCUGGGUGCUUAUGUUGAUGAAGAGCUCCCUGAUUAUAUCAUGGUUAUGGUGGCCAAUAAGAAGAGUCAGGAGCAGAUGACAGAAGAUCUUUCCCUUUUCCUUGGAAACAAUACUGUCAGGUUUACUGUCUGGCUUCAUGGGGUUUUGGAUAAGCUGCGAUCUGUGACUACUGAACCAACUAGUGUAAAAUCUUCAGAAUCUAAUAUCUUUGAGAGCAACCCUCCUUCCAGCAAAAGCAGUUCAUGUGUGAGUGAUGAGAGGAGACGUGAGGAUAUCGUGCCACCUCUUGCGGUUUCCAGCACUCGGACUGAAAGAAAUGACUCAAGAGUUUCAACUAGCUCACAGGAACAAAGGAACACUGCUUCACGGCAGUCUUGUGAAGACGGUUCUGUAUCCCGCUUAACAUCUACAGUCAAGCCUUUGAGGGAAUUGUCACCUUCAGAAGCUGUAAUUGACAUUAAACCUGAACCAGAUGACCUAAUUGAUGAAGACCUAAACUUCGUGCAGGAGAAUCCUUUGUCAAGGAAGAAACCAAUUGUAACUGUAACUUACGGUUCUUCUCGUCCUUCUGCUGAAAUCUACCGACCACCAGCUAGCAGGAGUGCAGAUGGCCACACACAUGUGCCCAGAUUGUCACAGCAGGGCAACUUGCAGGGGAGCCGGCAGUUAGACACGCAAAACUGCAGGUCUUUGGAAACAGGCCAGCCGUGCAAUCCAGAAGCACUUGGCAGCUUAGGAGAGAGUUACAGACCCACCUCCAAACUUAGUGCUGAGAAAGUAGGCAGUGAGGAAGAAGGCUCCAGGAAGAGACGGUUGCCUGUUGUAAGCUCAGUAGUAAAAGUUAAAAAGUUCUGUAAUGAUGGGGAAGAUGAGGAAGAGGAGGAAGACUAUGGAUUGCGAACAGGAGGCAUCUCCAGCAGUGUGUCUGUACCUGCAAAGCCAGAAAGAAGACCUUCAUUGCCACCUUCAAAACAGGCCAAUAAGAAUUUAAUACUGAAAGCAAUCUCUGAAGCACAGGAAUCAGUUACAAAAACAACCAAUUAUUCCACUGUUCCACAGAAACAGACUGUUCCAGUUGCACCAAGAACUCGAAUUAGCCCGGAAGAAUGUAAUUUAGAAGUAAUUCAUGUGCAAAACAGACUGCCUGCUCUGAGUUCUCAGCUUCCAGUAGAAGAGCCAAAGGAACAGGCAGCUGAAGGAAUUCAAGGAGUUGAACAAAAGGAACUCUCUUCUCGGCUCCAGAUUGAUCCUGCCAUCGAUGAUACAUUACAAGUGACUCAAGAUUACUAUGAUGCAGAAUCUAUGGUCCAUACAGACACUAGGUCAUUUAUCCUGAAGAAGCCCAGGUUAUCUGAGGAAGUAGUGCCACAGAAUCAACAAUUGGGAAGGAGGGCUACAGAGGCAAUACGAGUACUCUCAGGACGUCUAAUACAGACAAGAGACCAGCUUGCACAGCCAGAGAAACCUGCUAGUCCCAAGUUUAUUGUCACACUGGAUGGCGUGCCCAGUCCACCAGGAUACCUUUCUGAUCAAGAAGAGGAAGAUAUGUGUGUAACUGAAGGAUUAAAGCCCAUCACCCAGAAUAUGUGUGCUGGCAAAGGGUUAAAAGGCCUUCGAGCACAGCAGAUGCAGAUUGUAACCAGACAGCUAGAGAGCUGUGAUGUGGAUAUGGAAGAGUUAAAUGUGCUGCAAAAACAGGAGAAGGUGCUUGAGCGCUGCAAGUACUGGCCUGCCUGUAAAAAUGGAGAUGAAUGCGUGUACCAUCACCCCACACUGCCUUGCAAAGUUUUUCCUAACUGCAAAUUUGCUGAUAAAUGCUUGUUCAUCCAUCCAAACUGUAAAUACGAUGCAAAGUGCACAAAGCCAGACUGUCCUUACACUCAUGCCAGUCGACGAACCCCCCAUCCGUCUCCUAAACCAGCAGCACUACCUACACCAUCUGUAUCCCUCAGUCCACUGUGCAAGUUUUUUCCUGCUUGUAAGAAAAUGGAAUGUCCAUUUUAUCACCCAAAACAUUGCAGAUUUAAUACCCAGUGUACAAGACCAGACUGCACUUUUUACCACCCAACUAUUGCUGUACCUCCACGCCACGCCUUGAAAUGGACUCGAACUCAGACCAGUGAAUGAUCAUGAUACAGCUCGGGACUGAACUUUGCCUCCUUCAGACAGCAGCAGAAAGGAAGAUGAACCACCAGGGGCACAGGAUGUUAGAAAAAUUAAUGCAUUUUGAACUUUUAAUAUACAUUGUUUUCAUAAAAUGAGGUUGAUUGCAUAUUUGAAAUGUCUCUAAUUUUCCAAGUUUGUAAGUUUGAGCAAUUUUACAUUUUUUUUACACUGUAAGAAGAAGAUGUCUGUGUAAGAAAAGAUUUACUUUGAAUUCCAUUAAAAACUUUCAAAGCACA